AUGGCGACGAGUAACGACGGCUCUUCCUCUGGGGAAGACCGUGAAGCAAUCGAAGUAACGCCGGCGUCCUUCCCUGUGACUCCGACACCACUCCAACCCGCUUCAAUAGAGACGAUAAUGGCAUGUCUUGCGCAACAAGACGCAGCCCAGAAAGCAACGACCGACCAAAUCGCGGCGCUUGCGAAGAUCUUAGCCCACCUUGCCGUAAACGUGGAAGCCUCGACGGCGGAAUACCGAAGACAUCUGGUUAGCACAGAAAGAGCGACCGGAGCAGCACCAACACAAACGGCUAACCAGGAUGUCACCGUUAACGACGUCGCUCAAACUCCCACAACUCUUGACGUGCAGACGAUAAACGAGCUCGCCGCGUUGAAACAGUCGGUACUGGAUAUAAGCUCCAAUAUUCAUCACGUCACCACAUCCGCACCUCAGAUCGAGCGUGUCCUAGCAGAAUCUCUCCGAACUCCGUUCACCAAAAAGAUAACGAAGGUCCGUCUCUGGAAGAUGGAAAAGCUCCGUCUCCCAACCUUCGACGGUGUAUCCGACCCUUCUGCUCACGUCACAUCCUUCAACAUCGCGAUGCGACGCGCAAACCUUUCUGACGAGGAAAAAGACGCUGGCUUUUGUCAACUUUUCGUCGAAACCCUAGAAGGUAUUGCUCUUAACUGGUUUACCGGCCUUCAGGAGGACUCCGUCGAUAGUUUUCACGACCUCUCAGCGGCUUUCCUCAAAAACUAUAUCAUGUUCACUCGCCAAGAAGCCACCACUACAGAUCUUUGGAACCUCAACCACGCAAACGGGCAGAGCUUAAGAGAUUUUAUGGAAAAGUUCAAAUCCAUCGUCUCGAAAGUCGACGUGCCAGACCACAUAGCUGUGGAGUCAUUGAUGAACACUCUCCAUAUUAAGUCGCCAUUUCGCGCUGAUCUUUAUCGACAUCCGAGAAGGUCAGUACCGGAUGCCAUAGCUCGUUCCAACAAUUUCAUUCGGAUGGAGGAAGAUACCAGAGGCAAGGUAGCCAGAGAAUUGGCAGGGAAACAGACUCCUGCCCGGACAAACGACGCUCGUCAAGAACCACGCCAACAUUCAGCAGGAGGCAAGCCUAACCAGAAGAAAGGCUAUAUGAACGCUAUAGACGACGGCGAAUCGUCGGGAUCUGCCACUACAGUGCGCGAAAAGGGGUGGAACCAUUGGGACCGCGACACCAAUCAGAAGAAAUCCAGUUCCCCCGAACCAACAGGCUCGACUACAGGCGAACCAAGUAAUUGGUGUUCUUAUCACGAGGUCAAAUCACAUGAUACGAGGGAUUGCAAGGUCUUAUACGGGCAUUUCCUCAAGUCCAUCGAAAGCGGUAAGAUGAGAUCGAGUCUCCACAGAAGCCGAAAAACAAUAAGAGCUGGAGCAAGAACAAAGAAAAAUAGACUCAGAAAUCUCAAGAAAAAGCCCUUCAGAUAG